AUGGGUUCUAUUCUUGAAACAACUGAGGUCAGUUCAGCAAAUGUCACCACCUCUGCAAAUAAUGGAGGUGGAAUGAAGGACUCAAGUCAUCCUUACUUCCUUCACCCCUCAGAUUCACCCGGAAUGAACUUAGUAAACACAAACUUUGAUGGUAGAAGCUAUGGAGGGUGGCGCAGGUCCAUUCUCAUUGCUCUUUCUGCCAAAAACAAGGUGGGGUUCAUAGAUGGAACCUGCCUUGCACCAAGCUCAGAAACACCUGACUUCAAGUUAUGGAAUAGGUGUAAUGACAUGGUCAUAUCUUGGUUGUUGAACUCCCUUUCCAGAGAGAUUGGUGAAAGUGUCAUCUAUUCCAAAACAGCCAAACAUCUGUGGGAUGAUUUGGAAGAUAGAUUUGGUCAAUCAAAUGGUGCAAAAAUGUAUCAUUUACAGAAAGAGUUGAGUGAUUUGGUUCAGGGGUCAAGCAACAUAGCAGGGUAUUUCACUAAGAUUAAGAGGCUAUGGGAUGAGCUAGAUACCUUGAAUACACAUGUCAACUGCUCAUGUGAAUGUAGUUGUGGAGGUAAGAUGAAAAUGUCCAAAUCACUCCAGGAUGAGAGGUUAAUUAAGUUUCUCAUGGGGUUGAAUGACACCUAUGCCUCAGUGAAGAGUAGUAUCUUGAUGUUGUCACCCCUUCCAACUGUGGGACAUGCAUAUUCCCUGUUGAUGCAAGAUGAGAAGCAAAGGGAAGUUUAUGUAAACUCUCAAUUCCCUGGAGAUUCUUCAUCCUUCAUGGCUGCAAAUCAAAGUCAUCCAAGUCAGAAAUUUGGAAAUUCUGAUUUCCAGGGAAAGAAGAACAAUUUGAGCUGCUCUUACUGUAAAAAACAUGGGCAUUCAGUGGAUAAAUGCUACAGGAUCAUUGGAUUUCCAGCAGACUUCAAGUUCACAAGGUCAAAGAAGUUCCAGGCACCUGUUAAGAACAAUGCAGCAUAUUUUGACAGUGAAGUAGGAGAGCAGAGCAUUGUUAAUGGAAGCAAUGGAAGUCAACAACUCACACAAAGCCAAGUUUCUCAGCUGGUUCAACUUCUUCAACAGGUGAAGGGUGGUCAGACAGUGUCUUCUAACUCAGAUGUUGUUGCAAAUGUUGCCAACUGUGCAU